GAAAAUAAUCAAGAAAUUGAGGACCACAACGAUGUUCAAGAUGAACCGUCUUCAUCGAACAAAAAUAAUCAUAAAUUUUUGACUACGGGUGAAAAACAAAUUGUUCUACAAGUUUUCCAAAAUUUGCAAAAAGAUGAAAAAGAAAAUGCAGUGACUAAUUUAAUUAAGAAGGCAGCAACUCUCACGAACAGUUCCUACAGCACCGUAUUUCGUAUUGUGACGCAUGGUAUUGAAGAAAGAAAAAUUCGGAAGGACAAGGGAGUAUCUCUACGUCUAAAUGAGACGACACAUGCUCAUUUGAUCAGAAAAACGAUUUAUGAUUUUUUUGAUGAAAAAAUUUCUCCAACAAUGCGAAUGAUACAUUGCAAGUUAGUAGAAAAUGAAGUGGUGAAUUGUUCAGAAGCGACGCUCCGAAGGUUCAUAAAAAAAAUGGGCUUUGUUUUCACGAAAAUUAACAAACAAAAUGUUUUAAUGGAGAGUGAUCGUAUAAAAAAAUGGCGCCGGAAGUAUUUGAAGGACAUUCAAAAUUUCCGUGAAAAAAAUYGUCGAAUUUUUUAUUUAGACGAAACAUGGUUUGAUACCCAUGAUACAGCUAAAAAAGGUUGGAGUGACAAAUCUCCAAAAUGUACGUUAAAAAAUCCUUCAAGUAAGGGCAAGAGGGUCAUAAUAUUACACACAGGGUCGACUGAUGGAUUUGUGGACAAUGUUUUAUUCUUGGCUGCUAAAAAUCUAAAAGAUGCACGGGUYGAUUACCAUGAAGAAAUGAGUGGUCAAGUUUUCGAACAGUGGUUUGCGGAAACUUUGUGUCCAAAUCUUCCUYCCAACAGUGUUAUCGUAAUGGAUAAUGCGUCAUAUCAUUCUGAACAGUACGACAAAGUUCCAAAUUCAUCGUCAAACAAAGAAGAAAUUCAAAAAUUUUUAGAACAAAUGGAUUUAUAUUAUCAUCCAAGUUACACUAAAAAAGAAUUACUCGAAGUGUUGCGGUCACGAACUUAUGAAAAACAAUUUAAGGUGGACAAAGUCGCUGAAGAGGCGGGUCACACAGUUUUGCGACUUCCUCCCUACCACUGCAUCUUCAACCCCAUCGAAAUGGCUUGGAGUCAAUUGAAAUCGUUUUUAAGGCGAAAUAAUAACGUGCCCACAUUUGGUACAGGAACCACUGACCUGAUCAAAAAAGGAAUUGACCGCAUUACCAAAGAAUGAAAUAAAACUUUUUAAAUUACCUACAUACUAACAAAUUUUUUUAAGUCCGGACCAUUCUGACGUGCUGCCGCAUUCUAUCCUCACUGAUAUUGUUAUUUACAACCACCCUAAUGUCUUAUUGUUAAGAGUAAUUCGGGUACCCGACUCAAGAUUUACGACAGUUCAAAUAUCGUGACGAGA